AUGGACAAAUUCAUUAGCUUGAGGGAUUUAGAAGAUGCAGCCAAGGCGCUCUUGCCAAAACCAGCGCUAGAUUACUACAGAAGUGGAGCCACAGAUGAACAAACGUUGGCUGAAAACAAGCUAGCUUUUCAAAGACUGCGUAUACGUCCUAAAUGUCUUAUGGGAAUUACGGGAUGUGAUCUCCGUACUACUGUCCUAGGCCAUGAAGUUUCCAUGCCUGUGGGUAUAGCUCCUUCAGCUAUGCAGAAGAUGGCACAUCCUGAUGGUGAACUCUCCAACGCUAAAGCUGCGCAGGCUGAACGAACAAUAUUUACUUUGAGUACUAUAGCAACUAGCUCCAUAGAAGAAGUCGCUUCGGCUGCACCAGAAGCAAUUAAAUGGUUCCAACUAUAUAUUUACACGGACAGAGAAGUGACAAGGGAUUUAGUUAUGAGAGCGGAGAAAGCCGGGUUUAAGGCAAUAGCUCUUACCGUUGACACACCCCUUUUUGGACUAAGAAGAGCAGAUGUUAAAAAUAAAUUUACUUUACCUUCACAUUUAAGACUAGCCAAUUUUGAAGGUCAUUUAUCCACGAAAAUACACCAGACCAAGGAAGGCAGUAGUGGUUUAAAUAAUUAUGUCGAAAGCUUAUUUGACAAAACUUUAACUUGGGACUCCAUGAAAUGGUUAAAAAGCAUAACGAAAUUACCGAUAAUAGCAAAGGGUAUACUCCGUGGUGACGAUGCAGUGAAGGCGGCGCAGGCAGGCUGCUCCGCUAUACUGGUGUCCAACCACGGCGCCAGGCAACUAGAUGGGGUUCCAGCGACGAUUGAAGUGUUGCCUGAAAUCGUAGACGCAGUGAAAAACUACAACGUGGAAGUGUAUUUGGAUGGGGGUGUGACGACUGGUACUGAUGUCUAUAAAGCUUUGGCGCUUGGAGCAAAAAUGGUUUUCGUUGGACGACCAGCACUAUGGGGACUGGCUGUCGGCGGACAAGCUGGUGUUCAGAGAAUGCUCAACAUAUUACGCACUGAACUUGAAUAUACGUUUCAAAUAGCAGGUACUCCAACAGUGGCAGAUAUAACACGCGACAUGGUCCGUCACCAAUCUAGUUACAGUAAAUUGUAA